GGGCGGGCUCGGGGGCUGCUCCCGACGGGGCUCCGCUCCCGGACCGCCCCCCCGCAACCACCGGGGCCGAGAGCCGGGGGUAGGGAUGGGGCUCGGCGUGUGCGGGCGGACGGGCCGCUUUCCCCGGCCCGGGUGGAGCGAAGGGAGAGGGGAGAGCGGCCCGGUCCUCCAGGCUCCCACAAUCCUUCGCGGCCGGCGCGCUGUCCCCCCGCCUCUAUGGUUGGGGCACAUGCUCCCUGCGUGGGGCCGGCGCGGUCUCCUCCCGGCCUCGUCAGCAGAGCGGGGCCUCCCGCCGCCCCCGGCACCCCCGGCAUGGCCCCCCCCCCAGGUAACGUGGUGGACAGCCAGUCCCCCAGGCUGCUGGCAAAUCAGCUGAGAUGGGACCUGACGGCCGAACAGAUCGAGACCAUGGCUGCAGAGCUCACCGAGAGGACGAAGCUCGUGUACGACCGGGUGGGCUCCCAGGAGCAGGGCGAGGUGUCCUAUGAAAACACCCUCAAGGCACUGGCAGAUGUGGAAGUGGAAUAUACGGUCCAUCGGAACAUGCUGGACUUCCCCCAGCACGUCUCUCCCUGCAAAGACAUCCGUGCGGCGAGCACCGAGGCCGACAAGAAGCUCUCGGAGUUCGACGUGGAGAUGAGCAUGAGGCAGGACGUGUACCAGAGGAUUGUCUGGCUCCAGGAGAAAGCAGAGAGCGCUUCCCUGAAGCCUGAAGCCAAGAGGUACCUGGAGAGGCUGAUCAAACUGGGGAAGAGAAAUGGUCUCCAUCUCCCUGAGGAAACGCAGGAGAAAAUCAAAGCUAUUAAGAAAAAGCUGAGCAUCCUUUGCAUAGACUUCAACAAGAAUCUCAACGAAGACACCACGUUUUUGCCCUUCUCCAAGGAGGAACUGGGGGGGCUCCCUGAGGACUUCCUCAACUCCCUGGAGAAGACGGAGGAUGGCAAGCUGAAAGUCACCUUGAAAUACCCGCACUAUUUCCCUCUCCUGAAGAAGUGCUACGUGCCCGAGACAAGGAGGAAGGUGGAGGAAAUGUUCAACUCCAGGUGCAAAGAGGAGAAUUGCUUGAUCCUCAAGGAGCUGGUGGACUUGCGGGCUCAGAAAGCCAGUCUGCUGGGCUUCAACACACAUGCAGACUUCGUGCUGGAGAUGAACAUGGCUAAAAGCAGCAAGACAGUGGCCACCUUCCUGGACGAGCUGGCCCAGAAGCUGAAACCCCUCGGGGAGAAGGAACGGGCUGUGAUCCUGGACCUGAAAAAGAAAGAGUGCGAGAAGCGUGGCCUGGAGUUUGACAACCGCAUCAACGCCUGGGACAUGCGCUACUACAUGAACCAGGUGGAGGAGACCAAGUACAGCGUGGACCAGAACCUGCUGAAGGAGUACUUCCCCAUGCAGGUGGUCACCACUGGCCUGCUGGCCAUCUACCAGGAGCUGCUGGGGCUCACCUUCCACCUGGAAGAGAAGGCUCAGGUCUGGCACGAGGAUGUCCAGCUCUACACGGUGAAGGACACCUCCUCCGGGGAGACCAUUGGCAAAUUCUACCUGGACCUGUACCCACGGGAGGGGAAAUACGGGCACGCGGCCUGCUUCGGCCUGCAGCCCGGCUGCCUCUUGCCAGACUCCAGCCGGCAGAUCUCGGUGGCUGCCAUGGUGGCCAAUUUCACCAAGCCCACCCCAGAUGCACCCUCCCUGCUGCAGCACGAUGAGGUGGAAACCUACUUCCACGAAUUUGGGCACGUCAUGCACCAGCUGUGCUCUCAGGCGGAGUUUGCCAUGUUCAGUGGGACACACGUGGAGCGGGACUUCGUGGAGGCGCCGUCGCAGAUGCUGGAGAACUGGGUGUGGGAGAAGGAGCCGCUGCUGCGCAUGUCCAGGCACUACAAAACUGGAAGCCCCAUCCCCGAUGAGCUGUUGGAAAAGCUCAUUAAAUCCCGGCAGGCAAACACAGGGCUCUUCAACCUGCGUCAGAUCGUCCUGGCCAAGGUGGACCAGGCGCUGCACACCCAGACGAAGGCCGACCCCGUGGAGGUGUUUGCCCGGCUGUGUGAGGAGGUGCUGGGUGUCCCUGCCACCCCAGGUACAAACAUGCCCGCCACGUUUGGCCACUUGGCUGGAGGCUACGAUGCCCAGUACUAUGGCUACCUCUGGAGCGAGGUGUACUCCAUGGAUAUGUUCCACACACGCUUCAAGCAGGAGGGGAUCAUGAACUGUAAGGUGGGCAUGGAUUACAGGAAUUGCAUCCUGCACCCCGGGGGUUCCCUGGAUGCUUCUGACAUGCUGAAGAAGUUCCUGGGCCGCGAGCCCAAGCAGGACGCCUUCCUGGCCAGCAAAGGACUGAAGGUGGAGAGCAACUCGCUGCCUUCAGCCUGCUGAGGACCUGCCCCAGCCCGGUUCGAGUCACGCCACCUCCUUUCUCUCCACACCAAGCCCUCUCGGGACAAGCCAUCCCAUGUCCUCCUGUCACCAAACGUGUCCUGGGCCAGCCCCUGCCUGGAGCUGCUCCUCCAGGAUCUGCUUCCCAGCUCAGCCUGGGCUUCAGGAGCCGGGAUCAGCCCUGGUCCAGGGCCCCGCGGUGACAGCUCUGCAAAGGGACUGAAUCCCCUUUGUCACCCCCCGCCCCGUCGAGGGGAACGGGGCUCUCGGUGGCCCCCACACAAAUUGGCUGAACUUUGAACCUGAUUUCUGCACGAAGGGUGAGUUUCAGCCUCAUUUAGAGCUGGGGAGGAGGGCGAGAGGAGUUACCAAACUUGAAAAAUUGUUUUAAAAUCCCUUCUUUUUAAGAGAUGAGACUUCCCCCCGGGCUGGGCUUGGUUUGUGCCCCAGGACAGAGCUCACUGUCCGGAGCAUCAAACAAGCAGCCUGAGAAGCUGCGCUGGGAGUCGUGCUCCCCCCAGCUUGGGGCAGCUGGUGGCCGUGGAAUAAAGAUGGGGAGAUCCCAGAGCUUAAAAACUACUGGAUUUACUGGAACGUCCUGUCCUGAGCCCCUCAGAUAUUCCUUCUGGGGCAGCAGGCCCGGGAGAGGGGGCAGAGGCGGCCGGUACAGCUAUUCCCAGAGCAGGGGGUGACCCUGGUGCUGCUCUGUGUCCUUGGGAGGUUGUGGCAUCCCCUCCCCUCCCGGGGCCACCUCAGGGCAGCUCAUGGCUUCUGGGCUGGGAUGGUGGCAGCAGAGGGUGUGUGGCUGUUGCUGUCACCUCUAAUCCAGGGUGGGACAGGGGAGGGCUGUGGAAAGGGGAAAAAAAACAACCAAGGCGGAUAACAUCAAAGGGCACGGGAUGCCGGGGAUAAAAAUAUCAAAGGGGCUCUGGGUGCGGUGCCGGGCUCUGCCACCUGCCCCCCCAGCUGUCCCCCUGUCCCCAAGAACCCUAAAAUUGAUGCCUGUGUGUCACGGCACAGUGUGCCUCCCUCUCUGCGGUGCCCCAGGGGGGCAGCUCUGCCCAGGGGUGUGGGGCCAUGGGUCAGAGCUGCCCCUGGGGGGGGGCUGACCCCAGGGGAAAGGCUGGUUUCUGGUUUAGCUCCCGUAGGGGUCACACGUGGCCAGGGAAAGGGUUUUUAGCAGCCAUUGGUGGGGGGGGAAGGCAGGUGAAGGGCUGGCUGCUUGGAGGGGAGGCGAGGGUCUCGGGGGGGAGCUGUGAGUUCCCCUCCCCAGCCCGAGGGAGGGCAGAUCUCAGAUCUUUCCUGGUGUCCCACCUCAGGUCACUGUGUGACACCGUUCGAGGGCUGUGACAUCGAUCCUCUGUGGUUCUUGGGGGUUUGGGCACACGGAGGGUCCCCACGCUGGCACCCACCGUCCCAGUCACCCACCCCCCCAUCAGGGUCUCCCUCCCCAUGUGGCCCCUUCCCUUCUCCUCUCCUCUGGGCCGUGUCACCACGGCAGCUCUGCCUUCCUUCUCCACGGCCCCUGAUGGCAGCCUUUGGAAAAAAGCUCCCCCCAAGUGCAGACAAAGUCCUUGCUGUCACCUCCCUCCCCCAGACCCCCCCCCGGUGACACGGGAUGGCCGGUGACACCCUCCCUGGCCGGUCCCCUCAUGUGCUGACGUGUGGAGGGGUCCUUGGUGCUUGCUGGGGCCACCUUGAGCAUCUUGUCCUUGUCCCCACCCCCUGUUGUAGGCAUUCUGAGUGUCCGGGGGCCGGGCUCUCUCCGGGUGACGCUGUGGGUGUUUUAAAUGUCAUGUUUUACUGAGCUUUCGGCCUUUCCUCGCAGACCUCUCCUCCCCGGGGGAGAGAACCCAACCCCAGCAGGGAAAUCGUGCACUUUCCUCCCUCCUUCCCAGGCCACAAAUAACACCCUCACCCCCUCCCUCCCUCCGGUGACCCCCGGCUGCUGGUGUCGUGGUGAGAGGCAGAGCCCGGGGGGGACCCCACACCUCUCCUGGUCCACGGGUGACCCCCAGGAGCAGGACCAGGCUCCCCCCGAGCUGCACCUUCUCCCCCAGCUCCUCGUCCCAGGCUGGUGGGGAAGAGAGGUCCCUUUUGGGUUUAUUUUGUUGGUUUUUUGUUGGUUUUUUUUUUUUAUUAUUUUCCUGUUAACCUUUCCUCCGGGCAAACUGGUGUGUGUGUGUGUGUGUGUGUGUGUGUGCCGUUGCCGUUCGUACUGGUCACGUCCCACCCUGCUUGUUUCAAUGACUGGAUUUUAGGCGGUUCCUAGCACUAAUAAAGGUUUUCCUCAGCGGA